GUCCUCUCCAAGCUGCCUACGGUCGAUGCGGCUGCCUUUGACUCCCACGCCGAUGAAUAUACUGCAGACCCUGCCAUUGUCAAUAAGAAUCUCCGGGAGCAGUUCACCCAGCUCAUUUUGAAGCCUUUGGAGGCCGUGGACUCUGGGGGGUAUCAGAAAACCAUUGUUCUCGUCCUGGAUGCUCUCGACGAGUGCGACAAUGACAACGAGAUCAAGCUCAUCAUCCACUUGAUCUCACUAGCAAAAUCAUUGACUUCGGUGAGACUGCGUGCCUUUGUGACCAGUCGCCCUGAAGUCCCUGUUCGGCUUGGGUUCCACGCCAUUCAGGGCAAGUAUGAACAUCUGAUCUUGGAAGAGAUUCCGGCUCCUGUUAUCGAACAAGACAUUCAGGUGUUUCUGCAGGACGAGCUUGCCAACAUCAAGGAAGAGCACAACAGUCAAGCUCGGAUAGAGGAUCGCCUGCCCCAGGAUUGGCCAGGUAUCAGGAUCACCCGCGACUUGGUCCAGAUGGCGGUUCCUCUCUUCAUCUUCGCUGCCACCGUGUGUCGGUUCAUCGCGGACCCGGUCUGGUCGGACCCAUCAGGCCAGCUGGAGAAGAUCCUGGAAUGUCGAGAGAUGGGCAGGCUUGAGGCCACCUACAAUCCGAUCCUCGCCCAGCUCAGGGCCAGCUCCAACGCGGAUCAAACGGCGCUCGUGGCCGAGUUUCGGACGAUUGUCGGCUCCAUCGUGCUAUUGGCAGAGCCUCUCUCGGCGACAUCUUUGUCUCUCAUCCUGGAUAUCCCAAGAAGCAUUCGAUGCCAAAAGGACUCAUGCCCAGCUGGCAAGACGCUGUCUCAGGGCCAUGCGUGUCUGUAUUGGGUCUAUCAUGUCGAGCAGAGUGGUGAGCAUCUUAUCGAUGGGCACGAGGUUGAUAUCUUUCUCAAAACCCACUUUCUUCACUGGCUGGAAGCAUUGAGUCUUCUUGGAAGGAUGACUGAAAGUAUGCGCAUGAUCAAUACUCUCCAAGGGCUACUCGUAAAGAUCAUUGUUCUAACUGUUUCGCCAGACCAGCACCCCCUCCCAUCUCUCAGCCUUCUUAUAUGA